UCGUCAUCAUCGUCAUUUGCGGAGGAUGUGGAAAGAACAGAAUUCAUCACAUCUUUUGGUGGUGGUGGAGUCGAAAAUCGGGCGGAGGAGGUGUGUGCGGACCGGAACAACGAUGAUAGUGAUGAUGAAACAAAAAUGCACGGUCCAGCGCUGCCAUCCGCUGAAUUCCGGCGCAUCUUGUAAGCGGGCAUCUACUGUUACUGUUCUUAUUUUAAUAAAACCUCAAAAUUGA